AUGCCUCGCAAGAGGACUGUAGACAGUGGACGAAUUGACUGCGUAGACGCACCCUAUCUAUCUAUCUAUCUAUCUAUCUUGUCCUUUCUAUCUAUCUAUAUUUUUUAUAUUUACUUCUUUCAUAUCUAUCUAUACUGCCUUUUUCAUAUCUAUCUAUCUAUCUAUCUAUCUAUCUAUCUAUCCUGCCUUUUUCAUAUCUAUAUAUCUAUUUAUCUAUCUUUUUCAUAUCUAUCUAUAUUACCCUUUUCACAUCUAUCUAUCUAUCUAUCUAUCUAUCUAUCUAUCUAUCUCAUAUCUACCUUUUUAAUAUCUAUCUAUCCUGCCCUUGUCAUAUCUAUCUAUCUAUCUAUCUAUCUAUCUAUCUAUCUAUCUAUCCUGCCCUUUUCAUAUUUAUCUAUGUAUCUAUCUCAUAUCUACCUUUUUAAUAUCUAUCUAUCUAUUGAUCUUAUCUCCCAUUUUUUCUUACCAUUUCUUGUCUAUUUCUGUCGAUCUUUCUUUUUCUCUGUCUCUAUAUUUCUUCCUAUUUAUGUAAUUUUUUUUGUCUUACCUUCUCUCUCCUUUCACUAUCUCCUCUUAACUCUGCCUCCUUUUCUCUAUCUGCGUCUCUCUUCUUUCUCUUUUUUACCCUCUCCCGUUCUCUCUAUUUUUCUGUCUUGUGUAAUUGCAGAUUUUAUCGCAGUUUCUUAG